GCACUCAGCAGCUCUUCGUCUGCCUGCCUCCGUGUGUGUGUGGGUGUGUGUUGGGAGAGAGAGGGGAUGGUGCAUGUUUGUCUUGCUUCAAGCACAGCACUAGUCCCAUUCUCCCUGCUGCUGCUGCUCCUGCUGCUGGGUACCUUCACCAGUUUCCUGGAUCUACGGGUUGAGGUUCCUUGUUCGUUUUGGAGAUUUACCAUUUACUCUACAGCUGCAGGAGAAAGAGAAAAGACAAAGGAGAAAAGAAGUGGAAGCAAGUAGAAGCGCACCUUUUGAGCAGACAGAAGGAGCGGAGGCUGUGUGCUCUUUAUUGCGUGAACUUCGUAGGUGCUCAAUUGAGGAAAUAUUGCUCUCCUUCUGAAUAAUUCCAGCCAUUAUGGAGAAGUACCACCUUUGAUCAUCUGCAAAUGAGACCGAUUUUCUAAGCUCAGAAAAAAAAACAUCUGGGAUACUACCUAUAAGCCUUCGUGCUGAAUUGAGACAAUAACUUGGGAUCAUUAUCUUAUCUUCCUUCAGUCAGUUCUGGAUUCAGUCAUGCUGGACACCAACCAUUGCCUUCACAUUGAUGCGUCCUCUUUCGAGGAUCCACCAACCAGAGCUGAUCGAGAUAAGCAGCCUAUGAGGCUGGACUAUGACCGACAUGCCUAUCAUAGCCUUAAAGAAGUCCUCCAGCUCAAACUACAACAGAGGAGGACACGAGAGGAGCUGGUCAGCCAAGGAAUCAUGCCACCACUAAAGAGUCCUGCUGCUUUUCACGAGCAGAGAAGAAGUCUGGAGAGGGCACGGACUGAAGACUAUUUGAAGAGGAAGAUCAGGAGUCGGCCAGAGAGGUCAGAGCUGGUGAGGAUGCACAUUCUGGAGGAGACAUCAGCAGAGCCCUCUCUGCAGGCCAAGCAGCUGAAGCUGAAGAGGGCUCGUCUGGCUGAUGACCUCAACGAUAAGAUCUCUCACCGGCCUGGCCCAAUUGAGCUCAUCCACAAGAACAUCCUGCCUGUGCCCGCACUCAUAGGUUCAGGAUCUCCAAAAGGUGAGAAUUCCUCUUUGGAUGAAGACAGCAGUGAUGCCCUGUCACCUGAUCAACCAGGCAGUCAGGACUCCCCACUAGGCCACGCCCCUCAGCACUCCCCCUCUGAUAUGCUCAAUCUGAACAGAAACCCCUCACCCACACAGUUCCUCACUCAGACUCCACCACCUCUGCUUGUCACACCUGACUCCUCCUCCCAAAACCUGACCAAUGGAACUCUGAUGGCUACAAGUGCCCGUCCUCCUCCAGGACCUGCCAAACCCCAGUCAAAGUCUAGUGCCGAUCGGCCCUCUCAGAGGCCCAAGAAGCCCAAAGAGAGCAAGCCUAAAGUGAAGAAGCUCAAAUAUCACCAGUACAUCCCCCCAGAUCAGAAGAAUGAUCGCGAGCCCCCGCCCCAGCUGGACUCAUCUUAUGCCAAGAUCCUCCAUCAGCAGCAGCUCUUUCUCCAGCUUCAGAUAAUCAGCCAGCAGCAGCAGCACUACAACUACCACACCAUCCUACCUGCUCCACCCAAGCUUCCUACUGAGCAACAACAGCAGCCGCCACCAACCAAUCCUGGCCCCUCUCCCUCACGCACAGUUUCUGCACCUUCCACUGCUCCAUCCACUCAGAAUGGGUCUAAUCGUCAAAGUCAGCCACCGGCAGGAGGGGCCAAACCUGGGGUGCUGCCUGCAAACCUGGAUGAAUUCAAAGUUGCUGAGCUGAAGCAGGAGCUGAAGCUGAGGGGUUUGACAGUGUCUGGUACUAAGAACGACCUAAUAGAGAGGCUGAAGAACUACCAGGAGCAAAAUGGAGGUUCAGCAACUGCAGCAGCGAAAGCAGCAGCCCCAGCUACGCCUCAGCAGGCUUCAGCUCAGUCCUCUGUAUCCGACUCUGCUGGACAUCAAUCCAAAGAUGCCACUGGGAAAGUGUCAGCCUUUCCAGUAGCAGUGACUAAUGGAGUCCAUGCUGCAGCUCCGCCCCAAAUCAUGCGCUUCAGCAGCACAAGCUCCUCCCCUCCUGUGUCUCCUACGCCGUCCGACCGCUCGCUGGCUGGUAUGAGCGCGGAUGAGACCAGCUGUAAUGGGGAUGUGUUUGGAGAAAUGGUGACCUCGCCUCUCACCCAGCUCACUCUGCACCCGUCCCCUGAACUUCCCUCCCCAGUUAAGGAGGAGCCUUUGGGGCUCCUGCAGUCUUCAUGCUGUCUUUCCCGUCCCACCCCUCUCGCACCUCCGCUUCCUCAGCCUCAGGAGCUCCAGUUGUGCCCCCCGCCAGUACCUGUGGCACCUGCACUGGACAAAGACCAGAUGCUGCAGGAGAAGGACAAGCAAAUUGAAGAGCUGACUCGCAUGCUGAGGCAGAAGCAAAGGCUGGUGGAGACUCUUCGCUCUCAGCUUGAGCAGGGCAAGCGUGGAGCACCCGCAGAGGGCCUGGACAUCAGCGUCAAAAUGGAACGGGCCCUCCUUGUCAAAGGGGAAUUAGUAAGGGUGAAGGAGGAGGCAAAGGAGGACAUGGAGACGUCAGAGGAUCCGCAACCACAGAUGCAGCCGCAGAAGAAGACACAGAUGCAGUGUUCUCAACAGACACUGCUCAAACUUCAGCAGAUCCACCGGCUGCAGGUGCAACAGCAGCAACAGCAGCAGCAGCAGCAGCAGCAACAACUGCAGCUUCAACAACAGCAGCAGCAGUUGCAGCAACAACUACAACAACAACAGCAGCAGCAACAGCAAAUGCAAGUAGAGAAGCCAAAACCACAACAGCAGCAGCAGCGGCAAAUGCAGGUAGACCAGCCAAAACCACCACAACAACAACAGCAGCAGAAAUCACAGCUACAGCAACAGAAGCUGCAACAGCUAAUCAUCCAGCAGAGCCACCAGAAGCAAAAGCUGCAAAAGCAGGCCAAUCAGAGGAAGCAGCAAAGGCCACAAAAGCUGCAGCAACAAAAGGAGCAACCGUUACAGACACAACAGAUCUCGCAAGUGUUUAUUAACCAACAGACUGGUACCCAAGUGACCACGUCUUUCCCGCUGGACCUUCUGAAAGCUCACCCAGCACCCACCCUGGUCACAGACGGCAACGGCAACCACUACUUGAUUGCACUAACUAAUAACAGUGUGGACGGCCUGAACGGCGAAUCCCCUCAAAACAAAACCAAUGGACGCAUCACUCUACAGAGACUGCAAUCCACCCCGGUCAAGCUACCUAGCCAGUCUGUUCAUGAAGUGGCUAAUCCUGUGAACCAGUCCCAGCAGCCCCAGCAAACUGCUCCAGUCAAACAACCCAAUACAAAAGUGCAGAAAGCAGCGCUGCAUUUGGAGACUCCUGUUGAUCAGCAGUCGAGUCAUCCGGUGUCUGCUCCUCCCAAUCUCCAGCCUUUCUUCCUCGGCGAAGAGCCCAACCCUCUUAUUCAGCCCAGCUCACCUCCUUCAAUCAAGGGAGAAAUGUGUCCAACCUUUGACUGCCACACUCUGUUUACCCCUCCUUCUCCAAAACCGGCAUGCCACCCCUCUCAUCAUCUCAAAGAGAACGGUUCCAGCAAUCAGCAUAUAGAUGACUUGUUUGACAUUCUCAUUAAGAGUGGAGAAAUUUCAGCCGGAUUCAAGGCCAACCCGGAUCCGUCCCUCUCUGACCUUCACUCAAAUCCUCCCAGCCCUUCCCCUUCAUCCUCACCACUGCACCUCUCACCUCCCACCCCUCCCUCUGACCCUACCCCUAUCCCAAACGCGCACAAGCGGCCCUGCUCAGGAACAGUCCGUCUGGAAGACUUCCUGGAGAGCACCACUGGCACGCCUCUGCUCGGGGUCGAGCCCGACGGCCCUCUGACGCUGAUCGACGACCUCCACAACCAAAUGCUGAGCACCCCCAGCAUUCUGGAUCAUCCUUCUUCCCCAAUGGACACUGGCGACAUGAGCUUCUCCUCCCAUCCCCCCAGCUUGGACUUUGAAGACCCUGCCCUAGACGGCAUGGAUUGGCUGGACAUAUCUAUGGGCGGAGGAGGCGGCAGCAGUGGCGGGGGGACGAUUCUGGCCCCCCUGGGCUCACACACACCCCCAAGUGUGUUUUCAGCAGACUUUUUGGACAGUUCAGACCUGCAGAUCCACUGGGACUGUUUGUAGCUUUGGUCUUAAACUGCUUAAACAGCAGAUACAAAGCACCUUCAUCCUUAUACUGUGUACAUGCUUUUACACACAAACACUCCAACCCACAUGCUGUUUAUUAUGCUGAAAGAAAAAAAAAAAAACUGUUUUCUUCAUGCUCCACCAGAACAGUGUACGAGUGGAAAGGAGUUGUCUUGUUGAAUAGGUCUAUUAAAGCACUGAGUAUUAUCCCCUGCACCCUCAACCAUCCAUAAACAUGUUACAGUACACUGCGCUGAUGUGUUUGCCAACGAAGAGACCAAUUUAUACCCCCUGCUGUUUCCCUACUCCAUUAGGAGCUAUGUGUAUCCAGAACAAGCCCCUUUACCCUUUUAUCUGCAACCAAAAUAUUCUGGACCAGCCAUUUGGCUGCUUACAUAUCAGACAAGAAAUUCUAAGCUUGCACAAACAGUUAGAUCAUCAUGGUUCUAAAUGAAAAGUAUUGAAGUCCUGGCCAUUUAAAAAAAUAUAUAUAUUUCACGGCUUUAUAUCCAAAAAUUUCAGAUUUCCUCUGUCUUUUAGUGUUCAACCCUGUGGAAUACUCCUCCCAUGCCACAUUGCUGUUACUCCACCUUCUGCUUUUACUGCUGGCACUGAUGGAGUUUGGGCACAUACUGAUGGUAGAAAGGAUUAAGUAGAGAGAGAGAGAGAGAGAGAGAGAAAGAGAAAGAGAAGGUCCUCUUCUUCUAAUCUCAGAGUUUGGCUUUGGAGUAGCUUCCAGCAUGCCAGUGCCUCCAACUUUGCACUUAAGAUGACUGGGCCAAGUGUUCUGGUCUAAAGGAAACCUCCCGAUCAAUUGAACUCUGCUGGGAACCGGGUUUGGUGAUGUUCACCAGAUCUCUAUGCAUUGCUGUAUUUGAGGUACAUAUUAUUGACUAAAGCCUUCUUCUUCUCUGAUUGUAUAGAUAAGCUGGUGGAGGUCAGGGCUGGGGUUCAGGUUUCAGAGUAUUUGCAAAAUGUUAUUUUUUAGAAAAUAAAAUAAAACCUUCUUAAAAUGA